AUGAGGGGCGAAACAGAGCGGCGACCGGCGACUCAGCCCGUCCUUCCCAACUACCCCGCCGUCCCGGAGGCCGCGCCGGUGAACUCCGUCGGAGGGGGGAGUGGGUCAACGGAAGACUCUCUCCCAGCUCUCCUCGCGAAGCGUGACGACUGGCGAGCCGAGAACCUCCCGGGGACUUCGACGCCGAACACGGGUUGGGGUGGCACUCCGCGUGCGGGGAAGGGUUCUGAUACGCCGGUUGUUGGGGGAGCGAGGGGAACGAAUCCUGAUGGCGGCGUCCAUGGAGGUGAGCGUUCCGGAAUCCCGUCGGUGGUUGCUGGGCAUGGCAUGGGGGAUGCAUGGCCGGAGUUGCAGGGGGGAGGACGGGGAGAAAUCAUCGGGUUAUCGCCCGACCACGGGGGGGAGCGAUUGCAGCGGCUUCAAUUGGCCGAGGCAUCGCAAUUGGAGGACCUGGAAGGGGCCUGUGACCGAUUGGAAGAGGCUAUGGCCAGGAUGAAGAACGUCCGAUGGGGGAGCGCCAUUGUAUCAGGGGAGGCUUCAGCUUCAACGGUGCGUGAGGUAGGAGACGAGAAAAGGCGGGGGGAUGAACGGUUUGACCAUUCAUGGACACCGCGGGCCCAGAGCCCUGGACCGGGCUGGAUUUGGAUCCCGAAGGGCUGUAUCUCUCUGGAGGAAUAUUACCCAUCCCAUCUUGAGGAUAUUCGACGAUUUGGACACGCAGCCAGGAAAAUUAGGGUUCAUCCGAAGCCACCUCCCCUCACAAAAUCCUUUGCUCAAGCUGUCCACGGGCGGAGCAUGGCAAAUCGGGAGAUCCAGCGAUUUCCUGGGAAAAGGAGACAGGAAGAAUGGAGGUAUGAGGACUGGAUGGAUGAGGAUGAUUUACCUGGAGGGGACCUGAGACAAGAACAAGACCUGAGGAUUCAACUUCAACGUGGCUCAAGAUUUCAAGGAGAGGAUGAGAGGGGUGGGUACAAGGGAAGGAGGGUUGAAGGCUCUAGUGCUCGUGGAGAUCAGGGUGAGUGGGAUCAGGACCGAUUUGGUGGUAGAGGCCCCAAUCAAGGUGACCGCGAGCAGAGUCGAUUCGGUGGAAAGGGAUUCAACCAAGGGAUGCCGGAGUACUCUCGACCGCAGGGACAGCAGGGGAGCUGGUACCCGGGUCAGCAGAGUGGACCGAGUCGUCAAGCAAGGCAGCAGGGCCAGGAACAGCGGAAGGAUGAUCACAAAGGGGGUCUACAAAAGGAAGGUAUGCGCCCCAAGGUCCCUUCUGAUAUCAAGUGCUAUCGCUGUCUUCAGUUGGGUCAUCAACAAUUUGAUUGUGAAAAUGAACCUGUGUGUUACAAGUGCAAACAGUCUGGGCAUAUGGCGGUAGACUGUAAGAAUGUGAGCAACAAAAGAUUGAAGAUGUAUGGUUUCGGCAUACCUGGCCAGGGCUUUUAUUCGAUUGACAUACCAGAAGUGGAGGUCAAAACUUAUCUGGCUACAGGCUUGCUUACCAUUCUGGAGGGUGUAGCGACGGAGGAGAAGCUUGAUCAAGAACUAAAGAAUUUGGUUCAGAACAAAUGGGAUUUCCGAGUGAAGAAAAUGGCCUACAAGAAUAUCUGGUGGUUUUCCCUGAUAAGAACUCUUUGGAAAGGUACUCUGGAACGCUCCAAUGCUGAUCCUGAAGCGUCUUCGGUUCUGCAAACUGUGUGGAUUAGGAUCUCUAAUGUGCCAGGCCCAGCUCGAGAGGUUGAUAUUGUGAAGGAGAUAGCAGCCUUGGUUGCCGAGCCUUUGGUGGUGGAUGAGGUUAGUCUGAUCAGAGCUGGUCCGGUUAGAUUUCAGGGGAGAUGCAGAAACCCGGCAGCUAUUAAAGGGGAUCUGGAAUUUUUCUUCAAUGGCACUGGUGUGUUACUGGGUUUUGAGGUUGAGGGAAAACCAGAUGGUUCAUUUGAUAAGGAUAAGGAUAGACCCUUCAGAGGAGAUAACUCUAAGAAAUCCUCAUCCAAGUUUGACAGGUUUGGCAAAAUAGAUAAAGAAAUGGAUUUCCAGCAGGGAUGGUUCUAUGGAGGAACAGCUGGGGGAAUGAAAACAGGGGAUGAGGGUUCUGUGGAAAUGCCUGUCAAUGUUGCUGACGGGGAUAAUACCUUGAGGUCCGAUAAUGAGCAACAAAUCGUUGUGCAUGGUCUGGAUGGGAGCUACCUUAUGGACAAGAACAAAUGGCCAAAAUUGACCCUUCCUUUGGAGGCAAUAGAGACUGAUCCAACUGAGGCUUUAACCCAAGAAGAGUCACUGAUUUCGGGGGCCAACAAAGGUGGGGGUCUGGACAGUUCUGACAUCAGUAAAGGGGUUUCACAUCAUUCUGAUGUUUUUGAAGCCGAAGAUAUGAUGGACUCCCAGUCAGUGCUCAGUAAGGACUCGGAUCUGGAAAAGGAAACUGCUGGGUGGCAAUUGUCUAAGUCUAAGAAGAAGAGGAAGGGUACCAGGAAGCAAGUUAUGGUGGCUAUAAGAACUAGCAGUAGGGUCCCUAGGGACGGGAUUCCGAUUGCUACCAAAGCUGCUAACAGGAUCAAAGCCUUGAACGACACCAUAGGUACUUCUUCUAAGAACCCUUUUAUGAUUUUAAAUAAUACCUCUAAUGAUGCUAUCGGAAAAGUCAUUAUUGAUUUAGACAUAGAAGUAGAGGAUCUAGAGGAACAAUUAGAUGUUUUUAGGGUUGAGGAGAAUGCUAGGGCAGCUAUUGCUGAAGCUAAUUACAAAAGUUUUCUUGAGAAACAAAAAUUUAGGGAUGCCUCUCAAAAUGAUGAACAGUUAGCUGAUUUGACCAUGGAGGUCAUUUCCAAUAUUCAAAGGAAUCAUUCUCAGUCCUCUCUCAGGGGUGAGAAACAAUGGCUCCACAAGGAAGGGUUCCAAGGUAUGGUUUCUGAUAAAUGGAAGGAUUUCAGAGCUAAGUUGAAAGAUCAGACAUAUUCUUUGGACAUUUGGAAUGGAUGCCUUCAAGCUCUUAGAAAGUAUUUGAGAGGUUGGCACUUGAAUCUGAUUGGUACUCAAAGGGAGAACAAAUUAUGCAUAACUAAGAGAAUUCAGGAGAUUGAUCUGUUGGCUGAAAGUAGACUUCUUGAUAUGAUAGAGUGGGAGGAGAGAAUUGAUUUGGAGAAACAACUUGAGGAGCUGAAUAACUUAGAGGAAAUUUAUUGGAAAUAG